CUUCAAGACUUCUGAUUUUGAAUUUUUAUUUUAAAAAACAUAUUUUCCAGUUCUAGCGGAUUGAUUUGUAAUUUUUCAGAUGACUUUUGCACCCAGUUCUUUGAAAGCAUGAAUAGAAUUUGAAUUUACAGCACACAAAAUCAUCCCUGCUCUUCUUUUGAGUCACAGUCACUUCUCUUGCUUUCUGAUGCCUCCUGCACUUCAGAGCAAAGCUGCUGUUUGAGCAGAUACAACGUCUUCGACUCAACAGUUCUAUUUGUGGAAAGAAGAAGUAGAAACAAGGCUGUUUCUGCAUACUUCAGGGGACCUACCGUUUCUUGUCAGUCUACGAGUCCUAUGAACUGUGUCACACACUGUGACCCCGCCCCUCCAUGCUCAGUGUCAAAACUCCCCCAAAAUAUUUCCUUCUCACACACGCUCAAGGGAGCAGCUACUGUGUGAAUCAUGAUUGUGAAUGGCAGAAGACUGUGGGUGUGAGGUUACGAAGGCUCCGUCUUGGUUUCAGUCUUUCAGACAGACCCAGGCGAAAUGGCUGGUCGUAAAGCUCAGCUGGAUUUUUCAGACUCUAAAUGUUCUUCAUGUGCAAGCCAUUCAUAUUAUAUCAUCCUGGGUCUGAUUCUUGUUUACUACGCUACACUCUCCAUGCAUUCUCAAGUAACUUCAGAGAGCUGCAAGCCAAACGAGACUUCUUCCAAAUACCAGCAUUGUGGACUUCACCCAGAUGGAGUCCGUGAUUUGGACUGUUUUACCAAAAAUACAUGGUCCAAAUUAAGAUGCAUGUGGAAACCUGGAAAACACGCAUCCAAAAAUACACAUACACUUGUAAUACAACAAAAAAAAAAACAAACCUAUUAUUGCAAAAUUUAUAAAAACAUCACAAAAUUUUCUGAAGACAUCGGGUUCUUUAAACGCCACAGUGUGACCAUUCAGAUUUUUGAAAACAGUGAGUCAAAAAACUGCACCCAGGCAGUUUUUCAAGGUUCACCGGAGAGCCUGCAGCGAUGUGACCCUCCAAAUUAUGUGAAAUUCACACGGCACUCUGGGAAACUGGACAUAAAUGUGAGAUGGGAUCAGAACGAUGUCAAGCAUAUCAUGUCUUACUCUGCCAGAUACAAAGCACUGGGAAGCCUUCAAUGGAAUGAGUCACCUGUAAUAUCCCAGAAUAAAACGAAAAGCAGAGUGGAGAAUCUGAACUCCUCAGUGGCCUACGUUUUACAGAUACACUGCAUCGCCAAUACUAAAUGUACACAGUGCCCAUGGAGUGAACCAUACACUGUGCUAUCAGAGCUGACAUCACAGCCUGUCAUCGUCAACUUUGAAGAAACCGACGUCCCCAAUGAAAAUGGUACUCGCCUUGUUUCAAUAACCUGGAAGGUUUCUGCCAGAGACCUGCAUGAUGGCUACAAUGUGACCAUUGGGAAAGAGUCAGGAGAGGCCCCAAUUGAGCAGAUCAACACCACUCAGCCCAGCAUCACACUGAUUCUCUCCUACUCAGCUUAUCGUGUGAGCAUCAGGUCUUUCAACAACGUCAGCAUCUCUCCAGCUGUGAGCCAAAUAAUACCCCUGCGUGAAGACAUGGACAGUAUGGGAGACGAUAAGCUCAACGUGACAGUCCACAAUAACAUAUCCUUCAAAAUCUACUGGACAGAUUCCCUUCGCAAAAAAUAUGUGUGCUAUUGUGCGGAGUGGAGGGAAGAGAAGACUAAAACAGCGUACAAGUCCUUUUACCUUAAAGGCAAAAACUACUAUACUUUCUCUCCUUUAAAAGAACCCUUGAAGCCUUACAAGAGAUACACCCUCAGUCUGCACGUGCGACCGAACAAGGACACCUGCAACAUGAAGCAUCUUAACAACAGCGAAAGAACGUUUGCAAGCACAACGUUUUAUUUCAUGGAAGGCAGUAAGGCAAACAAGCAGACACACAUACAUUACAAGCCACCAACAAAACACUCUGACCUCUUGAAAUUGCUUUCCCGUGUCAUUCUUAAAGCUCCUGUGAGUGGUCCCGCGAACAUCAGCAUUUACAAUUUGACACAGAAUUCAAUGGUGCUGCAGUGGUCAUCCAUCCCAGAAGAAGACACCAGAGGUUUCCUACUGGGUUACACAAUCCACUACAGUGAAUACCACCCGUGGGGAACAGAAUCUGAGAAGAAUAUUACAGUGGAUCCAAAUUUGAACAAGUACGAACUAAACGAUCUUACAAGCGGCACAACAUACCAAGUCGAGAUAUCAGGUUUUACCUCUAAAGGAACAGGAAAACGAAGUGCACCCAACUAUUUUAAAACGACUCAAGAAGGAAGUUUUAGAUUCACUAGUAUUAUUGUAGUCGCUGCAGUUGUGGCCACUGUGCUGAUAUUUGGACCACCAAUAAUAAAAAGAGCAAAAGUUGUCCUCUGGCCAAGCAUACCUAAUCCCGGAAAGAGCAAUACAAUGCAGAAAAUAGACAGGCCCUGUGAACUGGAACUCCUUGAGGCAAUCAAUACUCUGAAGGCUGAAGAAUGGGAAACAAAAAGUCUCCAGAUAAUUGAGAAAGAAGCUGUUGCCCCUGCCACGAUAUUGCCAGCAAUGCUACCGCUUCUUUGUGGCUUAGACAAACGGGGAGAUUCACCAGGAAUUACUUGUAACUGGAUCCAAACAGAGACAGAUGAUGCAACUGGCGAGAUAUCUCCUAACAAUACUACAGACACAUUGUUGGAAACCCAGCAGACAGACCUACAAAGUUUUCCUUUUCCCUUUCCAAGUGGCUAUACCACGAUGGAAAUGUUUCAGCAGGUAAUGCCACAGAGCAUCACUGCCAUUACUCAAGACAUGGAAAGUGACCCAGAGGACACAGACCUGACUGUAUUCAACCCUAAGCCAGGACUGGAAUAUGUAAGACAAUUUAGCACCAGUCCAGCCUCGGACAGCGACCACUUGUCCACGAUUUUGUGAUAAAGGUCAAACUGCGGAGCAUAAAGAGGAAAAAUCACUACGUGAACAAGUUAGUCUAAAAGGCUAGUAGUAAGAGCUGCUGCCCCUGACUGUUUCUGCUGUGGCUUAUGAAGAACAACAAUUCAGAUUACCAACAACAUGGAUUCAUUAGGCUAAUAAAAUCAGCAGAAUUACCAAGACAGUGUUUAUAUCACAUUUAUGUAAAAAACUUAACCAAAAGAAUGGCAUACCAAUUGUUAGAAUUGGAGUAAAAAGACAAAACAUCCUCCCAAAAAGUGCACUUAACCAUUACCACAGUACGUCUCUGAAUACUCUGUCUGAAACUGCUUUGUGCAUAGUUGGUCUGUGAACAUACAGUAUUAUCCUGUCAUAAUAAAAUUGAUGAGAUCUGGAAAGGGUUCUGAGGCCUGCAGAAUUUAAACUUAGAAUAACUUUUGUAUCUUUGCUGAAGUUGUGCUAAAUAUUUAUUAUAAAUAAUAUAACACAUUUAAAUGAUAUGAUAAGAACACUGCAUUGAAAACAAGUAUAUCACCAGGUGGAGUUUCCCCUUUAAAAUUUAGUAAAGUACCUAAAAAAGCUCAAAGGUGUUUUGGAUACUGCAAACACAACAAGCACCUAAUUCUGAUCCCUACUGUAAAUGAGUAAAUAAAUGACUGCAAAUGACAACUAAAAAAAAAUAUGUGAAAUAUUGGCGCAUAUAUCAGAAUAUUGGAUUUGUAAAUCACCAAAUAUCAGUAUUUGUCUUAUGUUGUAGUUAUGACAUAUAUACAUACAUAUACAUAUAUAUUUUGACACUGUACUACUACUACCAGCCUCAGUAGUUGGAGAAGACAACUCCCUUUGCAGGUGCUGAUAACACCAAGGACACAAAACAGCAUAUCCAUUGUUCCAGUAGGUUUCAUAGUGAACCUCGUGAUGUGUGGUAUGAUCGGUAUUUGACUUCCUCCCUCUUCCUUGGAAUGCAUAAAGGAGUGGGAGCACCACCAUUGUGUUUCAGAGCUUUCAUGACUGUAGAACUGUAAUGUUUGAUGUGUGUUUGCUCUCCUGCGUGCAGUAAUUAAAAUAGCUUGGCCACAGCUGA